CUAUGUGAGAGGAACAGUUGGAGGGAGGGCGGGUGGACCAACUGAUAGUACACAGCGUACCGGUACGGAUCUCAUGCAGUGCGGGGAUAGCUGAAACAAGGAGCGGUACAGAAGUGUGUUUGUCUCACUAGUAAGCCUCCAUUUGGCUUGUCCGCAGACUCUCCUUGUCUCCUGCCCGCGUAUCGCCUGUCAGAUAUCUGACGGCACCAACGACUCAUAGACCUGGAGUCGAAGGUAAAUUCUCGUCGGAUUAAAAGGCCAAGAGCGCCUAACAAAAAAGCAAUGGAACAGGCCGAACAGCGUCUUCAAGAGAUCUUGGGGCGAGCCGAGAAAUUGGGUAUUCCUCCGAAGGGUCUAGUUGGUCUUGGCGCAGUCAAGAAGUUGCUGGACAGGCGACAUAAGUCGACACAACACGCGGUGGUCCCCGUCCUCGCCGGAAUCCUCAGCGUCACGAUUGCCCUUGUAUAUUAUUUGGGACUGCACACGCAUUACGGAUUUUCUCGUGCUUGGCUCAAGUGGCACCAUCAGGAUCUCUACGAUCAAAUGUGCACAAUUUCCAUGCCCGACCAGCUCCUGAAAGCGUUUCGACCGCCGGAAGACUGUUCUAUGUGCCAAGAAAUAAAGCAAGUGGAAAAGGUGGCCAAUAUAUCGCCAAACCAGUUCGAGGAUGUGUACGCGUACACAGGACGCCCUGUCGUCGUGACUGAUGCCAUGGAGAACUGGACAGCUCAGAACGUGUUCAGCUUCCAGUUCUUCAAGGGAGUAUAUGAACAGCGUCUGGAGCACUGGAGCCUCCAGCUGGGGUGUCAGUUCUUCCCUUACGAGACGGAGUUCACACAGUUGCGAGAGGUUUUCAACAUGAGUGAAGACCGGGCGCUUAUGCGGGAUGGGACGAAACCCUGGUACAUCGGCUGGAGUAACUGUGACGACCGCGUCGCUAGAAUAUUCAGGCAACAUUACGACCGACCGUACUUCCUGCCGCAAACGGCUGAAAACAAGAAGGUUGACUGGAUCUUUAUGGGCAGCCCCGGAUACGGGGCCCACAUGCAUGUAAGUGGAAUGGACUUCUCUUUUUACUCUUGGCACAGUGGGUCGGAUUACGCCGAUUCUGUGAAGGCUAUAUCCAUAUUUCUUAAUUUGUAUACACACCGAGAUAGAGGUCUCCUCUUCGAGUCUAGACCAAAAGAUCUGCUAUUCUGA